AUGAGAUUGAAUUAUAUUGCUUUUGGAUUGUUUUUAGGCGCCGGAAUGGCCAAAAACGUGUUCAAGGGACUGACAAUCAACGAUGUUAAGUCUUUCGAGAAAGAACUGGUCCUAAACAAACGGGAUGCUAAGAACGUUGUUUCGCUCGAGUUUUCGGAAGCCAGCCUUGGUUCUCUAAAGAAACAUAAAAGAGACGGCAAAAACGUUUACGAUCUCAAGUUCAGUUUGGACGACGAUUCGCUGCUGGACAAGCGCGACGGCAAGAACGUGGUUCAUUUGGAUACCUUUUUGGGCAAAAGAGACGCCAAGAACGUGCAACAUUACAGCGUCGUGGUGGACGAGGAUGUGCUGGCGUCGAAACUGGUCAAGAGAGAUGGCCAGAACGUGUUUGAGCUGCAAGUUCCACUUUCCGAGUUCGACAACGAGUUCGAAUACACUCUGAUGCCGGAAGUUAAGAAAGAAAACCUGGCCACUGCCCUGACCCAGAUACAGGACAUUUCCAUUUUUUCGUCCUACAUUAGAGAUAUGGUGGAUCUUUACAAGAAGUGCGACAACGACGACGACUACAACAUCAACUCCCAGGACGGGAACAUGCUUUUGAUUUUUGCUCCAACGGACGAGGCCGUUGUGCAGCUGACGCAGAAACCUUGGGAGUUCCCGCGGUCAGUGAGUCAAGACGAAGACGCCGACGCGAACAUCAGAGACUUUGUGGAGUCGCACAUCGUGCAAGGCUCGAACAUUGCCGAUUUCUCCAAAGAGGAGGUGGUGUUGUCGUCUUUGAACGGCAACAAAAUCCACCUUCGUAACGGACACAAGGGCUUCGAGCUGUCGUUGGACGACGUGGACGAGUGGCUGGCUAUCCAGCGGAUCGAGAUUAUGGCCAACGGAGCGCUUUUGGUUAUCGACAAGACUCUCUCGUGGCCACAGAGGUCUUAG